AUGCAGGAAAAUGUAGCCACAGAGGUCAGUCCAGUCCCUCCUCCAAGUCAUGUAACAAUAAAAAAUCCGGCAGCUAAUCCCCGACGAAUGCGACGGCUUAUUGCUGAAGAUCCUGAAUGGAAUCUAGCCAUAGUUCCACCGCUCACAGAGCUCUGCAUCCAGCACAUAAUCAACAAUUUUGAAAACAAUCCUAUAUUGGAAAGGCUACUUCCUGAUCACCAAAAGAAAGUGCUAGAAAAGAUUUCCACAAGCCUACCACUCACGGUGACUGCAAAUUUGAUCAGCGAUGAGGGCUACUGGAAACGGUGCUGUACUGAAAGAUGGACAGUUUGUGAUGUAUCCGCCUAUGGACACAGUUGGAAACGGAUGUUUUUUGAACGCCAUUUGGAAAACAUUUUGAAGUUUUACAUUCCAGAUAUUACUAGUCCCAACGAAAUUCUCGACCUCAUUCCACUCUGCACGGAAUAUGUGAAAAAGAUAGAGAUUGACCAGUUCCUCCCACCAGUGAAGCUAGAUCAAAAGAAGGAAGAUGAAGAUGUCUCUGAUACUGAAAGUGAUGCCGGACUAGACGAACCUUCUAUGGACCAUUUUGAUUUGAACCUGCUUGUUCCUGCACUCCUUCAUCUUGAGGAGCUGAAUCUUUCAUAUGGUGUUAAAGACUGUGGCAUGAAUUUUGAAUGGAAUCUUUUCGAAUUCACUUAUCGAGAUUGUUGCUCACUGGCCACUGCUAUUAAGAAAUGCCCAACUCUAAAAGUGUUCAAGCUGACCCGAAGCAAAGUGGAUGAUGAUAAAGCCAGGAUACUGAUCCAACACCUAUUAGACCACCCUUCUUUGGAAGAAUUAAACUUAUCCCACAAUUUGAUUUCAGACAGAGGAGCACGAGCUAUUGGCAAGCUAAUUAACCACAGUAAGAUGGUAACGCUUAACAUCUGUGAUAACAGGAUUCGAGCUCAAGGAGCCCAGGCUAUAGCUCAUGCGCUAUCCAAGAAUUCUAUUUUGACAUCCCUCGAUUUGCGCCUCAACAGCAUUGAGGAUGAAGGAGGCCAAGCCAUUUGCCAUGCCCUGCUACUUAACAGCACACUAACAACUCUUCACUUGGGUAGCAAUGAAUUAUCAGAGCCAACAGCUACUCUUUUCUCUCAAGUCUUGGCUCAGAACACUACUUUGUCUCAUAUCAACCUCUCCUGCAAUCACAUUGGACUAGAUGGAGGGAAGCAAUUGAUGGAAGGCAUGUCCGAUAACAAGACAGUAGUGGAAUUUGAUCUCAGACUGGCAGAGGUGGGACAAGAGAGUGAAUAUCUUAUUAAUCAGACUAUAAAGGCCAAUCAGGAAUUAGCCCGUCUCAGAAACCUGCACUAUUCCCCCACAUAACACGGACUACAAACUACUGAGGAAAAACAUCCUUCGUACUAUAGUUUUGGUGUUGUCUGUUCACUUACAUUUGUUUAAGCAUCUGUUUGUUCUCAGAUUAUGAUUGAAUGGAUGUAACUCCAUAUUCUCCUACUACUUUGGUGAAGUUUUUGCACAUUUCUUGGAUUCAUGCUCUUGGAUAAUUAA